UUUCUUUGAGGCAUCAGGAGUUUGGAAAAUGCCACUAUUAAGGAAUUUUUGCAUUGGACGUAUUGUUUCAUUAGGAACUUUGUCAGUUGUUCAUAGAAACUUAGAGAAUGUAUCUUGGUUGGAUUCUAAGCUUUGUACAAAGGAUCUGUUUAUAAUGAUUCCAAAUUUAAAAAAAUUGGGGAUUGAUUGUGGAUUCCAUGAAGACAAUCUAGAUUAUUUUUAUAAUUUUGUGCACUUGAGGCAGCUUGAGAAGUUAAGCAUCAAAAGGUGGACAAUCAAAUAUAUUCCAUCUAUCGGCUUCUCAUGGGAAUCUAGUUUUUUACCAAAUCUUAAGAAGCUCAAAUUCUUCUGGACAAAAUUUGCAUGGGGUGAUAUGAGGCUUAUUGGCAUGUUGCCAAAUCUAGAGGUUCUAAAACUAAUACAUGCUAUUGAUAGCAAAUACAGAAUCUGGGAGCCAUCCAAGGAAGGGCUCCGUCAAUUGAAAAGAUUGGUAAUUGAAGAUACAUUUUUGCAACGUUGGAGUGCCGUGGGUGAACAUUUCCCUUUGCUAGAAUGUUUAGAGAUACGUGAAUGCAAGUAUUUGCGAGAGAUCCCUAGUGGUUUUGCGGAUAUCACCACACUAGCACUAAUUCAGUUAAACUGGUGUUGGGAUUCCGUUCUGACUUCCGCAAAGUUGAUUCAAGAAGAGCAAUACAACAACUAUGGAAAUGCCCUCCUUGUUCGUUCGGAAAAUAUUAUGGGAAGAAGGGAUGAGGAGGAAUAGAGUGAUGAAUGAAUGAGUGCAUAAUGGUUUUUGCAUUUGUUAUUGUGGAUGCUUUGGUGGAUUAGGCAGCUGGGGCAGCUUGAGAAGAUCAAAAUCUUGGAUGUAUUCCGGGUAGCGGCAUCCCAUAGACAACUAGUAUAGUUUUCUUCCAAAUCUUAUCAUUUGCCAUGGAGUGAUAUGAGGAGUGCUUCUGCAGCUGAAUCCCAUCAGAUCUCCAUAGAUCAAUUAAGUUUAGAGGCACAAAUGAGAGGCGUUGGCUGUUUUGGUGAUCUGAAAUGGUUUGUUUUUCUGGGUUGAAGUUGCUGUUGGAGUUUUGGCUUGGAAUAUAAUGAAUCUGCUAGUGGUUUUGUACUUGUUGUGGGCUUAUUGUUGUGAUACUCUGUUACAUGAUAUACUAUAUCUAAUCUGUAAUUUUAUAAGCAAUCCAUUUAUGAAAUAAUGUAAUUAUUUAAUUUUUAUUGCAACUCAAAACAAGUU